AGCCCAUCUAACUGCUGCUUCUCGCUAUGGGUUUAAAUUUGUUAAGUAAUAUAGGGUUGGAGGCACUCCAUUUUACUGUCCAUGUUUUGGUUAUUUAACUGCUAUGGUUUUAAGUGCUUGCACAUCAUGACAUCACCAAAUCAAAUGCAGUGAGUGCCGGUGUCUGUUGUGGUUCAAUCCAGUAUCACCUGCUUAGACUGAUUGGAGGCUUGGGUGUAUUCGAGUGUCAUGACACAUGUUUCCUAUGUCUCAACUUCGAAGGUUUUUUGAGCAUCCUUCCACUGGAUAUCUCUUAAAAUUUCAGGCAGUAGCAACUCGUCGGUCAUUGAAUUUGAAUUUUCCAUUCAAGAGUUCUGUAAGGAAAAUGCACUUGGAAAACAACCACAAAAGUGAUUCAAGAGGUGCUUUGAUUGUGCUAGAAGGGCUGGAUCGUUGUGGGAAGACCUCACAAUCAAGUAGACUGCUUUCUUUCUUGGAGAGACUUGGCUAUUUAGUUGAAUCAUGGCGUUUUCCUGAUAGAAAUACGGGUGUUGGCCAAAUGAUUUCCUCUUAUCUUGCUAACGAGUCACAGUUGGAUGAUCACGCGAUACAUCUACUCUUUAGUGCAAAUCGUUGGGAGAAGAGAUCCUUGAUGGAGACGAGGCUGAGAAGUGGAACAAGCCUCAUUGUGGAUCGCUAUUCGUAUUCUGGGGUGGCUUUUUCAUCUGCCAAAGGACUUGAUAUUGAAUGGUGUAAGGCACCGGAGAUGGGGUUGCUGGCUCCAGAUCUAGUGUUAUAUCUUGAUAUACCACCAGAGAAAGCUGCGGAAAGAGGAGGCUACGGAGGUGAGAGAUAUGAGCAGCUUGAGUUUCAAAGGAAAGUUGCCCAUUCAUAUCAGUUACUCCAUGAUGUGUCGUGGAAGACUGUGGAUGCCUGCCUUCCCGUUGAGGAUGUUGAGAAACAGCUGGGGGAGAUGGCACUGGAUUGCGUGACAACAUGCCAAAAGGGGAAAGCCCUCUCACAGCUCUGGCCAAGUUGAAAUUGUUCUUCUGGAUUGCCAUGUUACCCAUUUGGGGUAAUCUUCUUUUCUUGUUACAAGUCCUUGAGUAUUUAUGACAAGAUGAAUGGGAUAAAGUUGCGGACUUGAGAUUACUGACAGUGAGGCUGAUUUAUAGAAUUGUUCUUAGGGCGUGCCAUAAUUUAAAAGUUCUCAAUUGAUAGAUUUUGAUAUUUAUUUGUCUUUUUGCCUUGUAAAGUUUACCAAUUGUAGAAUCUCAAAAAGGUGUGAAGUUAUUGAGCGUUACCAAGCGAUAUUGCCA